GGAACGGCGGAGCCCCCGCCUGAAACUCGAGCGCGGGUCGGCGCCUGCCCCGCCCCCGAGUUAAGUGCAGCGGCGGACGCCCCGGAGCCCAGCCUGCGCCAGAAAAGCCAAGUUCUCUCAACUCGCGACUUCGGUGUCCAGGAGGCUCCGGACUCCGCUCCGCCGCGCGCACGUCCUGCUGCCCAGCCCGCCGCGAUGCGCUGCGGCCCGUGGCCCCCGCCUCCGGCCCCCGCCCUGACCCUGACUUUAACCUUGGCCAUGUUGGCCCGACCAGCAUCCGCAGCCUCCUUCUACGGGGAGAACCACCUGGAGGUGCCGAUGGCCACAGCUCUGACCGACAUAGACCUACAGCUGCAGUUCUCCACGUCCCAGCCCGAGGCCCUGCUUCUCCUGGCGGCAGGCCCCGCUGACCACCUCCUCCUGCAGCUCCGCUCUGGCCGCCUGCAGGUCAGACUUGUCCUAGGCCAGGAGGAGCUGAGGCUGCAGACCCCGGCAGAGACGCUGCUGAGCGACUCCGUCCUCCACACUGUGGGGCUGACUAUAUCAGACAGCUGGGCCUCCUUGUCAGUCGACGGGUUCCUGAACACCUCAGCCCCGGUCCCGGAAGCCCCUCUGGAGGUCCCCUACGGGCUCUUCAUGGGGGGCACUGGGAGCCUUGGCCUGCCCUACCUGAGGGGAACCAGCCGACCCCUGAGGGGUUGCCUCCACGCAGCCACCCUCAAUGGCCGCAGCCUCCUCCGGCCACUGACCCCGGACGUGCAUGAGGGCUGUGCUGAAGAGUUUUCUGCCGGUGAUGACGUGGCCCUGGGCUUCUCUGGGCCCCACUCACUGGCUGCCUUCCCUGCCUGGGGCACGCAGGAUGAAGGCACCCUGGAGUUUACGCUCACCACAUGGAGCCGGCAGGCGCCCCUGGCUUUCCAGGCAGGGGGCCGGCAUGGGGACUUCAUCUAUGUGGACAUAUUUGAGGGCCACCUGCGGGCUGUGGUCGAGAAGGGCCAGGGCACUGUGUUGCUCCACAACAGCAUGCCUGUGGCCGAUGGGCAGCCCCAUGAGGUCAGUAUCCACGUGGAUGCCAACCGGCUGGAAAUCUCCGUGGACCAGUACCCCACACGCACCUCCAACCGUGGGGUCCUCAGCUACCUGGAGCCCCACGGCAGUCUCCUCCUCGGGGGGCUGGACGCAGAGGCCUCGCGCCACCUCCAGGAACACCGCCUGGGCCUGGCACCAGGGGCUGCCAACAUCUCCCUGCUGGGCUGCAUGGAGGACCUCAGCGUCAAUGGCCAGAGGCAGGGGCUCCGGGAAGCCUUGUUGACUCGCAACAUGGCGGCCGGCUGCAGGCUUGAAGAAGACGAGUAUGAGGAGGACGCCUAUGGCCCAUACGAAGCUUUCUCCACCCUGACGCCUGAGGCGUGGCCGGCCAUAGAGCUGCCCGAGCCGUGCGUGCCUGAGCCGGGGCUGCCUCCUGUCUUUGCUAAUUUCACCCAGCUGCUGACCGUCAGCCCGCUGGUGGUGGCCGAGGGUGGCACAGCCUGGCUUGAGUGGCGGCACGUGCAGCCCACGCUGGACCUGAGCGAGGCGGAGCUGCGCAAGUCCCAGGUGCUGUUCAGCGUGAGCCGUGGGCCACGCCACGGCGAGCUAGAGCUGGACAUCCCGGGCGCCCAGACGCGGAAAAUGUUCACCCUCCUGGAUGUGGUGAACCGCAAGGCCCGCUUCGUCCACGAUGGCUCCGAAGACACCUCCGACCAGCUGGUGCUGGAGGUGUCAGUGACCACUCGGGGGCCCGUGCCCUCCUGCCUUCGGAGGGGCCAAACUUACCUUCUGCCUGUCCAGAUCAACCCUGUCAAUGACCCGCCCCGUGUUGUCUUCCCGCACGGCAGCCUCAUGGUGAUCCUGGAACACACUCAGAAGCCGCUGGGGCCCGAGGUUUUCCAGGCCUACGACCCAGACUCCGCCUGCGAGGGCCUCACCUUCCAGCUCCUUGGCGCCCCCGCCAGCCUCCCCGUGGAGCGCCGAGACCAGCCUGGGGAGCCAGCGACCGAGUUCUCUUGCCGGGAGCUGGAGGCAGGCAGCCUAGUCUACGUCCACCGCGGGGGGCCUGCCCAGGACCUGACUUUCCGGGUCAGCGACGGGCUGCAAGCCAGCCCCCCAGCCACGCUGAAGGUGGUGGCUGUCCGGCCGGCCAUUCGAAUCCGCCACAACACGGGACUGCGCCUGGCCCAGGGCUCCGCCGCACCUGUCUUGCCCACCAACCUGUCGGUGGAGACCAACGCUGUGGGGCAGGAUGUGAGCGUGCUGUUCCGCAUCUCCGGGGCCCUGCAGUUCGGGGAGCUGCAGAAGCAGGGGGCAGGUGGGGCGGAGGGCGCCGAGUGGCGGGCCGCACAGGCCUUCCACCAGCGGGAUGUGGAGCAGGGCCGCGUGAGGUACCUGAGCACCGACCCAGAGCACCGCACCGAGGACACUGUGGAGAACCUGGCCCUGGAGGUGCAGGUGGGCCAGGAGACCCUGAGCAACCUGUCCUUCCCCGUGACGGUCCAGAGAGCUACCGUGUGGCUGCUGCGGCUAGAGCCACUGCACACUCAGAACACCCAGCAGGAGACUCUCACCACAGCCCACCUGGAGGCCACCCUGGAGGAGGUGGGCCCGAGCCCCACCGUCUUCCACUAUGAGGUGGUUCAGGCCCCCAGGAAGGGUAAUCUUCGGUUACAGGGCACGCGGCUGUCAGACGGUCAGAGCUUCACCCAGGAUGACCUGCAGGCCGGUCGGGUGACCUAUGGGGCCACAGCACGUGCCUCGGAGGCAGUCGAGGACGUCUUCCGUUUCCGCGUCACAGCUCCGCCACACUUCUCCCCACUCUACACCUUCCCCAUCCACAUCGUUGGUGACCCGGAUGCUCCCGUCCUCACCAACGUCCUCCUCUCAGUGCCCGAGGGCGGCGAGGGCAUUCUCUCUGCCGACCACCUCUUUGUCAAGAGUCUCAACAGUGCCAGCUACCUCUAUGAGGUCAUGGAGCGGCCCCGCCAUGGGAGGUUGGCCUGGCGGGGGCUGCAGGACAAGGGUGCCAUGGUGACAUCCUUCACCAACGAGGACCUGCUGCACGGCCGACUGGUCUACCAGCAUGACAACUCCGAGACCACGGAAGACGACAUCCCAUUUGUGGCUGCCCGCCAGGGCGAGGGCAGUGGUGGCAUGGCCUGGGAGGAGGUACGAGGCGUCUUCCGCGUGGCCAUCCAGCCCGUGAAUGACCACGCCCCCGUGCAGACCAUCAGCCGCGUCUUCCACGUGGCCCGAGGCGGGCGGCGGCUGCUGACCACAGACGACGUGGCCUUCAGCGACGCUGACUCCGGCUUUGCCGAUGCUCAGCUGGUGCUGACCCGCAAGGACCUCCUCUUCGGCAGCAUUGUGGCUGUGCAUGAGCCCACACGGCCCAUCUACCGCUUCACCCAGGAGGACCUCAGGAAGAGGCGAGUCCUGUUUGUGCACUCAGGGGCCGACCGUGGCUGGAUCCAGCUGCAGGUCUCCGACGGGCAGCACCAGGCCACCGCGCUGCUCGAAGUGCAGGCCUCGGAGCCCUACCUCCGUGUAGCCAAUGGCUCCAACCUUGUGGUCCCACAGGGAGGCCAGGGUACCAUUGACACAGCCGUGCUCCGCCUGGACACCAACCUAGACAUUCGCAGUGGGGAUGAAGUCCACUACCGUGUCACGGCCGGCCCACGCUGGGGGCAGCUGCUCCGGGACGGCCAGCCUGCCACAGCCUUCUCCCAGCAGGACCUGCUGGAUGGGGCCAUUCUCUACAGCCACAAUGGCAGCCUCAGCCCCCGUGAUACCCUGGCCUUCUCUGUGGAGGCAGGGCCUGUGCACACGGAUGCCACCCUACAAGUGACCAUUGCCCUAGAAGGGCCACUGGCCCCACUGCGCCUGGUCCAGCACAAGAAGAUCUACGUUUUCCAGGGGGAGGCGGCUGAGAUCAGAAGGGACCAGCUGGAGGCAGCCCAGGAGGCAGUACUGCCGGCGGACAUUGUGUUCUCGGUGAAGACCCCACCAAGCGCCGGCUACCUGGUGACGUUGUCUCGCGGCACCACGGCGGCCGAGGCACCCAGCCUGGACCCCGUGCAGAGCUUCUCUCAGGAGGCGGUGGAUGCGGGCAGGGUCCUGUACCUGCACUCCCGCCCGGAGGCCUGGAGUGAUGCCUUCUCCCUGGACGUGACCUCAGGCCUGGGUGCUCCCCUCGAGGGCGUCCUCGUGGAGCUGGAAGUGUUGCCCACUGCCGUCCCACUGGAGGCACAGAACUUCAGCGUCCCUGAGGGCGGCACCCGCACCCUGGCCCCUCCUCUGCUGCGCAUCACUGGGCCCUACUUCCCAAUGCUUCCGGGCCUUAGCCUGCAGGUGCUGGAGCCUCCCCAGCACGGCGCCCUGCGGAGAGAGGAAGGACCUCAGGACGGGACCCUCGGCGCCUUCUCCUGGAGAGAGGUGGAACAGCAGCUGAUCCGCUAUGUGCACGACGGGAGCGAGACGCUGACAGACAGCUUCGUCCUAGUCGCUAAUGCCUCAGAGAUGGGCCGCCAGAGCCAUCCUGUGGCCUUCGCCAUCACCAUCCUGCCUGUCAACGACCAACCCCCCAUCCUCACCACAAACACAGGCCUGCAGAUGUGGGAGGGGGCCACUGUGCCCAUCCCUACAGAGGCCCUUAGGGGCACAGACAGCGACUCAGGGCCCGAGGACCUGGUCUACACCAUCGAGCAGCCUAGCAACGGACGGGUAGUGCUGCAGGCGGCCCCGGGCACUGAGGUCCACAGCUUCACACAGGCCCAGCUAGACGGCGGGCUCGUGCUGUUCUCACAUGGAGGAGCCCUGGACGGAGGCUUCCACUUCAGCCUCUCCGAUGGCGAGCACACCUCCCCCGGACACUUCUUCCGUGUGGUGGCCCAGAAGCAGCUGCUCCUCUCUCUGGAGGGCAGCCGGACGCUGACCGUCUGCCCAGGGUCUGUCCAGCCGCUCAGCAGCCAGAGCCUGAGAGCCAGCUCCAGCACGGGCACCGACCCCCACCACCUGUUCUACCACGUAGUGCGGGGUCCCCAGCUUGGCCGGCUGUUCCACGCCCAGCAGGGCAGCCCUGAGGAGGCCCUGGUGAACUUCACUCAGGCCGAGGUGUAUGCUGGGAAUGUUCUGUAUGAGCACGACAUGCCCCCUGAGCCCUUCUGGGAGGCCCACGACGCCCUGGAGCUCCGGCUGUCCUCGCCCCCUGCCCCUGAUGUGGCCGCCACCCUUGCUGUGGCUGUGUCUUUCGAGACUGCCUGUCCCCAGCGCCCCAGCCGCCUCUGGAGGAACAAAGGUCUCUGGGUCCCCGAAGGCCAGCGAGCCGAGAUCACCGCAGCUGCCCUCGACGCCUCCAACCUCCUGGCCAGCGUUCCGUCACCCCAGCGCCCAGAGCACGAUGUGCUCUUCCAAAUCACACAGUUCCCCACCCGGGGCCAGCUGUGGGUGUCUGAGGAGCCCCUCCAUGCCGGGCGGCCCCACUUCCUGCAGUCCGAGCUGGCCACAGGGCAGCUGGUAUACGCCCAUGGAGGCGGGGGCACCCAGCAGGAUGGCUUCCGCUUCCGUGCCCACCUCCAAGGGCCAGCAGGGGCCUCGGUGGGGGGACCCCAAACCUCAGAGGCCUUCUCCAUCACAGUGCGGGAUGUGAACGAGCGGCCGCCUCAACCACAGGCCUCCAUCCCCCUCCAGCUCACCCGGGGCUCCCGCAUCCCCGUCUCCCGGGCCCAGCUGAGUGUGGUGGACCCAGACUCGGCUCCUGGGGAAAUCGAGUACGAGGUGCAGCGGGCACCCCACAACGGCUUCCUGAGCCUGGCGGGGGCCAGCCCUGGGCCUGUGACCCACUUCACACAGGCCGAUGUGGAUGCUGGGCGGCUGGCCUUCGUGGCCAAUGGGAGCAGUGUGGCAGGCAUCUUCCAGCUGAGCGUGUCAGAUGGGGCCAGUCCACCCCUGCCCAUGUCCCUGGCCGUGGAUGUCUUGCCAUCCGCCAUCGAGGUGCAGCUGCGGGCACCCCUAGAGGUACCCCAAGCUUUAGGGCGCUCCUCACUGAGCCGGCAGCAACUCCAGGUCGUUUCAGAUCGGGAGGAGCCUGACGCAGCAUACCGCCUCACCCAGGGUCCCCAGUACGGGCAUCUCCUGGUGGCUGGGCAGCCUGCCGCAGCCUUCAGCCAGCUCCAGGUAGAUCAGGGGGAGGUGGUCUUUGCUUUCACCAACUUCUCCUCCUCUCACGACCACUUCAGCAUCCUGGCACUGGCCAGGGGUGCCAACGCAUCAGCCACAGUGAACGUCACUGUGAGGGCUCUGCUACAUGUGUGGGCAGGAGGGCCAUGGCCCCAGGGUGCCACCUUGCGCCUGGACUCCACCGUCCUAGAUGCAGGAGAGCUGGCCAACCGCACGGGCAGUGUGCCCCGUUUCCGGCUCCUGGCAGGACCCCAGCAUGGCCGUGUGGUCCGUGUGCCCCGGGCCAGGACAGAGCCCAGGGGCGGCCAGCUUGUGGAGCAGUUCACUCAGCAGGACCUUGAGGAUGGAAGGCUGGGGCUGGAGGUGGGCAGGCCAGAGGGUAUGUCCCCUGGCCCCACAGGGGACAGUCUCACUCUGGAGCUGUGGGCACAGGGUGUCCCACCUGCUGUGGCCUCGCUGGACUUUGCCACUGAGCCUUACAAUGCAGCCCGGCCCUACAGCGUGGCCCUGCUCUCUCUCCCUGAGGCUGCUCGGACAGAAGCAGGAAAGCCAGAGAGUGGCACCCCCACAAGCGAGCCGCCAGCAGCCUCCAGCCCCGUGCCCACCGUGGCCAGCGGGGGCUUCCUGGGCUUCCUUGAGGCCAACAUGUUCAGUGUCAUCAUCCCUGUGUGCCUGGUCCUGCUGCUCCUGGCACUCAUCUUGCCCCUGCUCUUCUACCUCCGCAAACGCAACAAGACGGGCAAACACAACGUCCAGGUGCUGACCGCUAAGCCCCGCAACGGCCUGGCGGGCGACUCGGAGACCUUCCGCAAGGUAGAGCCCGGCCAGGCCAUCCCCCUCACAGCCGUGCCUGGCCAGGGGCCCCCGCCAGGGGGCCAGCCCGACCCAGAGCUGCUGCAGUUCUGCCGGACACCCAACCCUGCCCUCAAGAACGGCCAGUACUGGGUGUGAGGCCUGGCCUGGGCCCAGAUGCUGAUCGGGCCAGGGACAGGCUUGCCCAGGCCCCGGCCCCACUGCUCCCAUGCCCUGGUGCUGUCUGAGUAUCCCCAGAGCCGGGGAGACCUGGGGACACGAGGGGUGGAGGGUACUGGGAGGAAGUCCAGGGGUCCAGGGCGGAGGGGAGUCAAGAGCUGGAAUCUCACCGGCUCCCUCUGUGCCCGGAGAACUGCAAGGGGGCCGAUGCCAGAGGCAAGCUCCGAGUCAGGGCCCUGCCCUGGAGCUGGUUUGGGCUGUCAAAACCAGAGCCACCUCCUAGAUGGGUCAGGACUCUGGGUCCUGGGUCUGUGACCUUGGGUAAGUCACACCUGACCCAGGCUGCUGAGAGGGCAAGAAGAGAGGGAGGGGAGGGGCAGACGGGGAUUCCUGGCUUUUCCCCUCCAAGCCAGACCUCCCCUCAUCUCGGCCCUGGGGUUGAGACGAAAACUUUUUCCCCUGGUUUUGUAGGAGGUUGGUACUUCCUGAAGCGGAGGGCGGGAGGAGAGAGCCUCUCUACUCUCUGGAAGGCACAAGCCAGUAGAAUAAUAUAUUCAGGGUGCAAGGUGCGGGGGUUGCUCUGGGGAUGGGUUUAUUUAAGGGGGAUUGCAAGGAAGCUAUUUAACACAGUGCUGAGCUAGCCCAGACUGAUGGAACCCCUGCGGGUGUGGGAUGGAGGAGGGUCUGAGGCUAGUUCAUUCCCAGGCCCCAUCUGGAUGGGCUUAGGGCUAGGCAAGCAUGGGUCUGCGGCCCAGGAGCCGACUGGGCUGGGGAGCACGCAGGGUCUCAGGCCAAGGGCUGCUGCAGGGCCUGUGUUCCCCAAGGACUGGGGGGUGGGCGUCUGGGGACUCGGCUCCAUGGGGCCUGGAUAAAUGGUGCUUUGGAGGUUCUGAACAGCUGUGUGUUGUUUGUCUGACCAUGCACU